AUGUCUAGCAGAGGAAGCACAUCUCCUCCCUACACCAUGUCCUCCAUGAUCAUCUACGCCAUCUGGUCCUCCCCCGAGAAGGCCUUGACCUUGCCAGAGAUCUGCUGCACCCUGGAGUCCAUGUUCCACUUGUAUGACGGCAACGACAGAGUUUGGUACGACAAAGUCCGCAACGCCCUCUCCAAGUACUCCCACUUCAUAAAGAUGGACCACUCCAGAAGCGCCAGGGGAAAGCUUUGGACUGUCGAUCUCGCUUUGGUUCCUCUUACUUCAUUCCGGAAGCAGACAACACGGAAGGAUUCCUUCAGCGACUGGCCGAAUCUCCUUCAUCAGUAUCUGGGUGUUCCGGAGAUCGAGCUUCGUGGAGUCGUGUCUACCAGUGCCACCUCAGCCAGUGUUCAGCCUUCCCGUGUCGUAACUUCCGGACUUAGUUUUGGCAUCGACCGCAUUCUCAACAUGUCUCCUAGAUCCACCAAACAUUCACCUAGUCCCAUUGUGUCAGUUCCAUGCGAAGAUUUCAACACCAGCUGCGACUCUUUCUGUAGUGUAUUCGAUUCCACAUUUGAGGACAGUGAUAUUCUUUCACGUGAUUCAGUUCAUGAACUUUCCUACUCAUCCAUAGAACGGUGCCGAGGAUAUUCCGAUGUGUCAUCAUCUCAAGACGUACAAGACUUUGGCCACUCAACACGGAUCCACUCCGACACAAGCAUCGUCUCUCUGGAAGUUCCCUGCUCACCUAUUGAACCUGAACUCUCCCAAGACGACAUCUUCGCAGGCGUUGACGAACUGCAGUCCAUGUUGGAACCAGAUGACGUCAUAGAUUUUGCGCCAUCCGGGGACUUUGGAGUUGUCUCACCAGCUGAGAGUCACAGUCUGUCAGCUUUAGAGUCGAUUAUGGACUUUGUUAUUCCCACUCAGUGCUCCGGGGAUCUCUUCUCGGAAUUUGAGCCUUACCUACGUGAUUUCAGCGACUAA